AAAAAAAGAAAUAUUUAAUUGGUUUUUUAUAAAAUGUUUUACAAAAAACUUCUUAAAGUUUAAAUAAAAUAAGAAUAAAACAAAAUAUUAAAAAAAAUUGAAUAAAACCAAAGUGUUAGAUAUUUUCUCAAUAAUGGAAGAAAUAAAUUUGGAUUUUCUAAGAACGCCUCCCAAGCAAGGACAUUCUGUGCCAAGGACUCAAACUCCAUGUAAUUAUAAUGCACUGGAUGUAAGAUUUAGCAAAAAGAAACUGUCUUCCAGAAAAUUUGAAAUGGCGCAAACUAUAGCCAAAGUGGAUGAGUUGUUGCAGGAAAUUGAUAAACUUCGUAGUCAAAACAAUGGCUUACAGGAAAGACUAAAAGAUUUCCAACAGACAGCUCAACAAGUCCAGCAGCUGUAUAACAAAGAAAAACACGAACAUGCUAAAGCUCAAAAACAAUUAGAAAAACUACAAGUAGAAUAUGAUAAAAUUGAUGAGGAUUUAACAAAUAAGACUUUGAUGAAUGAGCAAAUGAAGGCACGUUUAGCACAGUACGACGGACGACCUAUAAGUUUUGAUAAUCUGGCAGUAAAGUAUGUAAGAAUCAUGAAGAAACUAGAGGCGGAAGAUGUAUUGAAAUAUUUACCCGAUAAAGAUUUAGUCGAAAGACUAAAAGAAUACUGUGCCACCAUGAAAUUGAAAAUAGCACCAAUUAGUAGUCCCAAAAAAGGCAAAACGAGGAGUAAUAAAAUUAAAACUCAGGAAAUGUUUAUACAGUGUGAUCUAUUAAAAUCUACAGCAGUUUGUCUAAACUGUAGUAAUAAACCAAAAAUGCAAGAUAAAACAAUACAAUGUUCCACACCAUCGACCAUCAAACAUGAUCAAUGCACACAAUUUAAUUCUACCGACAAACAGGAAUGGCUAACAUGUAACAACAAACCUAAAUUAAUAGAUCAAAAUACACAAUGUUCUACAAGAACAACAUCAACAAAACGUGAUCAGGCUUCUCAGUACAUUAGCACCAUGAUAACUCGACAAACUAAUACCGAAAAGAUUAUACAAAAACAUGUACAAACCAUGUUUCCAGAACCACAAAAAAUACCGGCAAUUGAUGAUAUAUUAAACGUCUAUUCCAGAUGGUCUAACAUAAGAUCUGUAUCACCUUUGUUGGAAUCACCACCCGCACGUUUAAAAAAGGAUAAUAACAAAAAGUCCAUAAACAUUGGCACUUGUACAAUGUUGUGUAAUAUAAGAAGAAAAAUUGAUUAUCUACCUCCCAAUCAAGCCAACAAUAUUAAACAGGAAAUUAUUACACCUUCACCCUCUCCAACGCCAAAUAUAAAUCCAUUAUCGUCCUCAAAUAGAUCACGCAUUAGUUCACUUUCAAGUCAGGUAGCUAGCAAUCAAUAUGCUAGUUCUAUAUUGAAUUUAUUUAAUGCUAAUACAAAUUCAGCUCUUGGUCAAUUAUCGUCGAAUGCUUUUAAUGAACUUUGGCAAAUAUUUGGUAAAAUGCUUUUGAGUUUAUUACAAACAAGCAAUGCUGGCAUUGCAAAUACAAAUCAAAAUUCCGCUUUAAAUCAACAACAGUUCCUUGAUUGGUUGCUGGAUUUAUAUGUGAAUUCUCAGCCGCCAAAUACCUCUACAACAGAGACUCAAACGUUGCUGCAAAUGGAUAACUCUAAUGAUGCUAGGGGAAGUCCCAUACGUUUUAAUGAAUCUUCUGAGUUGUCAUCGAAUGUUGUGAGACCAGAAGCUCAGAAAAUAAUAACUGCUAGAAUAAAUACUGUAGAAGGAGAAAGUGUUGAGCCUUUAAGAAGGGACAGUAUAAGAGACAAUUCUCAAUAUAUUCUACAACAGCGAGCCUCAAUAAGUCCAAUUCCCACCAGCUUCACAACUUCAAACAUCCUCUUAGAAAACUAUUCACAGGAUUCCAACUCUAUGGACAGAGAAAUACAACAAAUGCAUAAUGCUUCAAACGCAACUGAAGAACAAACUCCUUCCAAAAAGUCCAACAUAAAAGAUGAAGAUAACACACGUAGGCAGCAAACUAAAAUUUCAAAUAAAACGAAAACUAAACACAAACUAUUGGAACAAAUACAAGAUCUUAUACCGGAAAUUAAUUUAAAUAAAAAGAAACGUAAGGCUUUAAAACGUCUACUUAAAACUAAAGAUCAUCGUAAGAAGUCAUAUGAAACAAGAAAAUCUAAACAUUCUAAAGCAGAUACAAUUAAACAAUCAUCUGUUGUGAUAUUAUCAAAUGAAACUAUACCCAAUGAAAGUGAAGAAACUGCCGUAGAUUUUCUAAAAACAUUCGCUCUUACACAAGAUGGAAAUAUCUCAGAAACUGAGAAAAUUUUCUUAGAACAAAGUUCAAUUAAAGUGACAGAAAAAACAGAGGAAGAAUUUACAUUUAUUAAACCCUCUAGUAGUUUGCCACGAACUAAACUAACGCCUAGAAAUGUCAAGGAUUCAGUAAAACGUAAAAAAUCUAAAGCCUGCAAGAAUAUAGCCAACAAGUACCAAUUACUAUUUGGUGAUUCAGAUAGUGAGUUAGAAGAGCCGGAAAUAGAAGAGAACAAUGCAAAAACUGUGAUAAAAACUAAAUUUAAUUUAAGUGAAGAGGCUUAUAGAGAAGCUAUUAAUGUUAAUGACAAUGUUACGGAAUAUUCCACAAAUUGGUCUAAUGCUGAAAUUAUAAAUUCUACAAAUAUGCUGCCACAAACGAAUGAUUACGAAGAGAAUAAUGCCUCGAAAGCCUGUAGUGAUUAUGAAUCUUGUCAUUUAACUUUAAGACAGGCAGUAGAUCAACAAUUAUCUUUGCCUGUUUUAAAUACGCCAGUUUUCGAAAGGUCUUUUGAUGGCUGUGAAAAGAUCACUGAAAGAUUUUCUAUACCCGACUUACCAACUCCUUUAUUAAAAAGACUAGAAUGUGAGCAUCUGCCUCAAAUGGAAUUGCUUGAAAAUCUUAAAGAUUCUAUAGAAUCAGAAGUGCGUUUAAGGGAGAUUGAACAGGAUUUAGAAAUAUCAUCGGAUGUUUACUGUUAUAAAGGAGAUGAGACUGAAACAUUUGAAAAAGUUCCUAACGUUGGGUUAACGAUUAUUUCUACACAAACAUCUAAUGAGGAAUCUUGUACAAACACUACGAAAUUAAAAGAUGUGGAGAGUAGUAUUAAUUGUUUGCCAAACUUAAAUGAUGAAAGUGAGAAUGCUGUUGUGGAUACAACCUCUCAAAAGGAUUUCAAUACAAUGUAUGCCAGUGAUUUUGAAAAGGAUUUGGAAUUAUCAUCAGACAAUGAAAAUAGUAAUUUUGAAAGGGAUCUGGAAUUAUCAUCAGACAAUGAAAGCCAAAGAGAACUAAGCUACGCUCCUGUAUAUAGCAGUGAUUUUGAAAAGGAUCUAGAACUAUCAUCAGACAAUGAAAGCCUUAUAAAUGAAAGUUUUUGCAAUGACACAAAGGAAAUAGAACAGGAAACAGAAAAUGAAUUACCAAACCAAAGUUGCAACAAAACAUUGGAUACAACUACUUCAACUGAGUCGGAUGAUGAAAGAAUUUCUAAUGAAAGUAUAGAAAGUGCAGAAAUACCAAAUAAAAGUUGCAACAAAACUAAAGACUCAAAUACUUCAACAGAUUGGGAUGAAGAAAGGUUUUCUAAGGAAAAAGAAGCAAGUGAAUGGCCAAGUAAACUUCUAAAACCAACUAAAGACAUACCUAUAGGGGAAGGAGAAUAUAAUCCAUUAAAAUUAAGUACCAAAGAGGAGAAUAACCUUGAAGAUAAUACGAAAACGGUUCCAGAGGUAAUAAAAGCUAACAGCUUUAAGUCCAGUCCAAGUAAUUUAGACAAAUUAAACUCUAUUAAAGAAAUAUCAUUAACAUGUUCGGAUAUUGCAAUGAAUGCCCCUACAAUAAUAAAUAAAACAAAAUUAACUAAUUUAGCGGAAGGAACUGGAUAUAAUUGUGUAAAAGAAAGUGCCAUUGAAGAAAAUAACCUUGAAUUACUUAAGCAAACGGAAAACAACAUGAAGGUUAAUAGAACUUUUACUGAGGAACUUAAAAAAGCUGAUAGCACAAUAGACAAUACAAAUAAUUUAGAAAAAUUAAACUCUAGAGAGGAAAAUUCAUUGUGUUGGUCUGUAAUUACCAUAAAUGAUUCAAUAGAAAUGGAACAAACUUUAAAUAAAACAGAAUUAUCACAGACAGCUGAAACAACGGAUGUUAAGGAAACUGGGCACCAAAUAAAAAGCUUAGGUCUAACAAAACUUAAACUUUUAGAUUUAAAUAACUCCAAAGGUAAUCGAAGAAAUACAAUAACUGAAACAAAAGAAGAAGUUAAAACGAAACCAUCAAUGAAAGAUCUAGAACAAGUUUCAAACUGUGCGGACUACAAAAAGAACCCUAAUAAAACUAGUGAGAAGGAUAAAGAUAAAAGCGAAACAAAUUUAGCAAAUACCCAAAGGAUUUCCUUAAAUUUGGAAAACGAAGUCUCUAAACUAAACAAAGAACUUAAUUUAAAUACCUCACUGGAUACCGAAGAUGAAACGGAUGACUUAAUGAUCGAUGAAGAUCAAAAUGAAGCAAAUUCGAAGGAAACGAGUACAGAACUAAUGGAAACCAAUGAAAAUUGUGAUGAAACUAUAAAUUCCUCAAAUAUUUCCACAUUAUUAAAUAGUACUCUUUAUAAUGAGGUGCUAACAGAGUCACUCAAUCCUAUAGUAGAUGAUUUACUUAUGAACGAUGUGAUCGAUGCAGAAAACAAACCCAAAAGAGGAAGAAAACGUAAAAGUGAGUGUUUAACUGAAGUAUUGCCAUGCAAAAGAUCACAACGUUUAAAGGCCAAACAAAUGAUAUUGGAAGAAAGUUUAAAUCUAAGUAAAACUCCUAUUAAACUGGGUAAAUAUACAAAACUAAAUAAAAAUGUAAAUAAUGUACAAAAGGAAGAAGCUAAAACAAAAAACGUUAAAAUGAAAAGUGAAAGCGGUGAAAUGAACUGUAAAUUAAAGGAAAAUGAAACUGCUAUAGAAAUGGGUUUCUUUAGGGAAAGAUUAACAGAAGAUAGCAAAGAAAUGAAGAAACUAGAUGGAAAUCCUGAACUUUCUGUAGAUACUAACAAACUAAAUGAAGAUAACUCUCUUAAUACAACAAAAAUAUGCAUUGAUACUAAUGAUUUAAGUGAUAUUGAACCAAAAACCUUUGAAUUAAGAACAACAGCUAAUAUCUGCCACUAUCAUCAACAUACUACUACUAGUACUUUAACAACGGAUUCAAAUUUUGUUUAUACAGAUUCUCCACAAUCUCCUCCUCCUGCUCCUCCUUCUUCUUCUCCCUUAGAAAGCAACAAUGAAACCAUUGUUAACAUACCUUCCGAGCGUCUUUCACCUUUUAAGCCUCAAUCCAACAAUCAAACACUAUUCGAUGUUUUAAUCAAUUCCUAUAGAAAUGACAAUCAAAAACAUGUCUUAGAAUCUUUAAGCACCAAGGAAAGUCAACGUCAAAAAAGUAUCUUAACACAAUAUCAUAAUGAAAUCAAUGCAUAUUGUUACUCAGAAAUGGAAUUGGAUCCUAAUUGCACGUCUGUACAGUUAAUUAACAAACUUUUAAGUAUUUCAACCGAUUAUGCUCUCAUACAGAAAGCUUUAAUAACUAUAGCCCAAAAUUCUAAAGGUAGUAAUGUGCCGGAAAAUGAAUUACCCUCGAUAAUACAAGAAAUGCCACCUCGACAUUUAUCCAAAUGUUUGCAACGUCUAUUUGCGGUGCUAAGCAAUAUAAUGACAAAAAAUGUUUGUUUCUGUCAAGAUUUAAUUGAUAAAAUAGAGUUAGUACUUUUCAAUUGGAAACAAAUGGAAAAUUUAUCUCUGCAAGCCACCUUGAAUCUGACACAACUCUAUUUAAUGGCCUGUAAAGUUCAGGAAUAUGUACAAAUGCCUAAACAUCCUGCAAGACUUUUUAUAGCAAAAUGUUUGUAUUUCUAUUUGUUAAAAUCCAAUCUAAUGAUUCAUGAAGUAUUGAUGUGGUAUCCUACUGUCUUGCCUCAUCGUGAGGAUAGAACUUAUGAUCGUUCGGAUGCCUUAAUAAGUGUUAUACAACAAAUUCUAAUGAGCACUAAAUAUGACAUGGAUAAACCUGAUUUACGUGGUAAAUCUCUGCUCUCUAAGCUACGCUAUGAAUAUCACUUUGAACCCUUUAAACCCGCCUUAGAAGAAGUCAUCAAUGUUUUGGUGGAGAAAUUAAAAAAUUCCAAAUUUUAUAACAUCUCACUGGCCUUUGGUCUAUUGUGUAAACGUUUAGGUGUCCCUAGGACACAACAACUUAUUCUAGGCCAACACUUACUGCCACUGGCUAAUGAAUACUAUAGUUUGGCUUUAAAAACCGCCGAGUAUGAUAAACGUAUUGCCGUAUUAUUGGAAAUAAUAUCCAUGAUUGUUAAACCAUUUCCCUUGGAAACCGAUGCAAAAAUCUAUUUCAAUGAAUUUGCCCGUUUCCUUAAUGGUUUUGAUCGUCAACUUAUCCAGGAGGCCGCCUUGUGUUCCAUCUUACGUUUGCAACGUUUCGAUCUGGAAUAUUGUUAUAAUUUACUGCGUCAUUUUCAACCCACCUACGAUUUAGAUACUCACACUCAGGCUAUGUUAAAGACAUUUCUACAUCGUCGUCCUUUGAACUAUUGGAAGAAUUUGAAGUCAAAAUAUCCUAAUUAAUAUUAAUAUAUAUACUUAAGUUUAUUAUUAAGUGUUAAUACUAGUUUAAUGAUUAAAAAUAUUUUAUUAAAUCAGUCUUAUUUAAGUAUUUUUAUAAGAUAAGAUAAAUAAAAGCAAUAUUUGCUAUUUUUUAAA